AUGCAACUUCCCGACGGAGUAAAUAUUUCUAAAGAAGCUCGGAGCGCGAUAUCCCGAGCGGCGAGCGUGUUUGUGCUCUACGCGACAUCAUGUGCCAAUAACUUUGCGAUGAAAGGGAAGAGGAAAACGCUGAAUGCUGGUGAUGUUCUCUCUGCCAUGGAGGAAAUGGAGUUUCAGCGAUUUGUCGGCCCUUUAAAAGAAUCACUGGAAGUUUACAGACGUGAACAGAAGGGAAAGAAAGAAGCAAGGAAAGAUAAAGACAAGAAGACAGACUGGAAAGAGCAAGAUAAGAGCCGAGAGGAAGAGAAUGAUGACGAUGAUGAAAGAAUGGAGGAAGAGGAGCCAAAUGAGGAGGAAGAGGUGGACAACUGAGCUUUUGGAUGAGAUGUGUGUGGGAUUGGGCCCUGUUCGUGGGGAUAUAAAUGCUGUAAAUCUAUCUUGCUCCGUCCUCUCUUGGUUUCCAGUAGAGCUUUGUACAGUUCUUCUGGGGCCAACCCUUUUGGCUUUAACUUGUUUAGAAAGGACUUCUACUGCAGCUUUCCUGGUGGA